AUGUCUGACCUUCAGCGGGUGGCAACCUCGACAUUGCAAAUCACAGAGCUGUACCAUCAACUCGUGGUGAAAGCAGACGACCCCAGCUUUACUCCACCCAGAAGAGCUCACAGUCUGGGGUGCAGGGCGGACCUUGCUAUCCUUGAUCAACCAAAGGCUGUCAUGGCGGACCAGGACCCGGGAGAGCAGCCACCGGACCAACGCCCUCCAGCGUACAGUGGACCUUUCCUCUUCGUGAACAAGAACGCAUCGAAUCUCAGGUCCAGGCAGAGAGAAGAAGUCUUUGCUGUCCGAAGCCAUGCGAUGCAGAUCGCCAGAAGGUCAAGAAAGCCCCCAGCGCAGUCUGACUCGCAGUCGAAAGAACACGAAAAGCAGGCUCAAGCGGACGUACAGAUUUCAGACGCUUUACCUCCGCCGGCUGCCGUAGGAAGUCCAGCAGCAGAGACCAUUCCAUCGAUUCAGGAUAUUUUGGAGCAUCAAGCCAAGGGCGUCCGUCAAUACCAGCAAAAACAAGAAUCGAUUCAGCCUCGCCAGCAAUCCGGCACGCGGCGCUUAUCGGCCAGUGGCCGUGUUCUGUCCAUACCUGCCGGCUCACCUUUCUCCUCAAUGACGAUGUCCAGUUUCCUUCCGGCUGACCACGCAGCAGCCCUGGGGAAGAACCCCAUCUCUGCCUCGCCCGCAAGCAUGAGUCCUGGAGGCCUGGACUCAAGUGGUGGACUGCCUUCCGAUACCUUUUUCAACACAGUCCUGCAGUUUUGGCGAUUGAACUAUAUGGCCAAUUUCUGGCCUGCGCAUGUCUAUUUGGAUCCUUCGCACCAAGCAGUCCAAUCCACUGAUGGCUGGAUCCGCAACAUGGUUAUCAACAACCCAGCCAUGAUGCACGGCCUGUUCUCAGGCGCUCUGAGUUACAUAACGAACUAUCUGCCUCCAACCGAGAACACGCCCAUGCUUUGGGCCAGGGCCAUUCACCAUUAUGGCAAAUGCCUCGAGGAGACUCGCACACAGCUGGCUCGACCUGGAAUCGGCACUGAACAGGCGCUGAGCCUCGUUCACGGGAUGACCACUUUCAGUUUCCAUUGCCAGGAUCUGGAGAGCUGUCAGGUCCACCGUACGGCAUCGAUGCGUCUGCUUCAGAACCUGGAGGGAGGUCUCGAGUCGGUCAACCCGGUCUUGAAGUGUCUGUUGAUCCUCUCCGAGUCGCUCAUCGCGAGCCACGUUCCCAUACGGCCAGCCAUGGACGUUGAAGCUUGGGCACCCAAGCCUUGGGCCCAAGAACACACUUUGAGAUCGUUCGACGGAAUUUUCAACUUUGAUGCUCGAUCUUCCCAACAGACCGAUAUUGCGGUCUUCCUUCUCGGCAGCGAUGACGAGGCGACUGGCCACUCGGAGGACAUCCUGGAGCUCAUCAACUGGCAUCGAGAAGCACUGGCAGCUAAUGAGCUCGCCUUCAGACUCGCACAUCAUCCUCGAGCAGCUUCUCCAGAUGUCGUAGCAUCUGUGGUCGAAGACGGGCGGAAGCAGGCUGAUCCGAUAUAUACUUGGCUUUCACUCCGUCAAUAUGCUUUGAGCUGUCUAUCUUCCGAGAUAUUUGUGGAUCUUCUGGAAGUUGAGGACCAGGAUCACUCACUGCCGUCGCAGCUGCAUCGGGCUUACCACGCCUGCGUCCUACUCGCGAGCACCUAUCUAACACAGUUCGUCCUACGACGCGAUAUGGAUACCCCGUGUAUGGCGUACACCCCAUUCCAUCAUUUGCGCACACAACUGGAGUUGCUGUUAGCGCUCAUGAGCCAGUUCCGGGGAUCACCGGCCACUCGUUUCGGGCAAAGUAUGGCAGGAAGACGACCCAUCAACCCCAUCCCGACGGAUGGUCUUCUGUUCUCCUUCUUCGCGGGCGCCCUCUUUGAGGAGUCUGAUGGGCCCAGCCGAGUACGAGCCGCGCAUCACGUCGCACGAGCAGGCGUCAUCGCCUCGCCGGUGACUGAACACCCGGGUGAACUCAUCAACGAGCGCUGGUUCACCGUGCAUUUCGCCAUGGUGCUGGCAAAAUUGAAUAUUGAAUCGUGGCAAGACGCUCAAAGGGUUUUGAAACGAUUCGUGUACGCGGAGAGAGUCCUCGAUACGUUGUUGGACGUCCUCGUUGCCAGAAAGCUGGAGUUUCUUGCUGCGCUGGUCACAAGGGGGCCGAGUGAUAUCCCUGCAGGUGGUGCUGGGCGCUUUGGGGCCCAAGGGAACUCAGAUCUAGCGAGGGACAGUGCGGGUUCUUCCUUUCGACCACCUGGUACCUCUCGUCCAUCCGCAUUGCAGGUCCCAGCACAUCAUGGACAACAUUUGCGACACUUCAGCAUGUCCGUGCCCAUAUCAUUGCCGGGGGUAGUCCCAUCACUGGACCCGGAUGAGGCACCGAGUACGUUGCCCUUGCUUCCACCAACGCACGUAUCGUACUCGGGAGCAGUGCCCCCGGCCACUGCGAAUUGGUGGCAAGAUAUUGGAUAUGGAUUAGGUAACGAAGAUGAUUUCUCCAUGGAUAUAGACAUGCAUCCGGGUACGGAGGCUGGAUUGGACAUUUUGAGAGACCUGCAGAUGCCAGACGAAGAUGUGGGGGUUCACGAGGAGUCGUAG